GGGAAAAAGGGGAAAAAAAGGAUGUAUAUUUAGAUCGUUAAGGAUGAUACUUCAUAAUUUUAAAAACUAUGAAUUAGUGAACACGAAUUUAAACUCGGAAAUCUGCAAUUUUUAAUUACCUAAAAUCGAACGAUUGUAAUUAAGUAGAUUGUAGUUUACUGAUGGUACUAUAAGUAUCACAAAAGUAAUGUAUCACAAAAUUAUAGUUCGAUUUAUAAAAUAUGUUAAUGAUGAGUACCGAUCGAAUUUGAAAUUCGAUUCUAGUUUUAGGAGCACCAAUUAAUAUACAUGCAACACAAUGUCAGAACUAGUUCUAUGUUGAUCUUAUCUCAUAAUAGUACAUUUUACUGUUAUAACUGGUAUACAAAAAAUUCGUUAUGUAAUUUUUCAAACAUCAACGGGGAAAGAUCAAAUUAUAACAUUUUAUUAUUCUCUCUCUCAGAAUCCUAUUCUCUCUAUUCUCUUUUGUAUUAUAAGUUUCGUAAAGAUGUUGAAAGUGUAUAUUGACGAUGAAUGCUACUGAACGCAGUUUCUGUUUGUUUUAACGAGACGAAUAGGAAUACACACGAACUGGUGAAAGGUAGUCGAAAAAUAUUUUCACAAGAAUAAUGUAGUGAGUUCAGUGCAACGAGAGAAUGGCAAACUUUCCGUUUCUUCUGUGUGUUUUUAACGCUUGGUCAAGAACUCGGCUAUUAAUUGCAAUCAUAACUGGUAACAAGAAGAAAGGAAAAUCGCAGAAUCACGAGGAAUUUGCUGGUUCCAUCAAUGUCACUUUCUCGACCUUUCAUUCGAUAAUUUUUCCUCCCUCCACAGCAUUUCGCGCGCGAAUCGCCAACAAAAUUAAAUGUAGUUACAUAUGAGACAUUUCUACCUCUGACGGUAGUCUUGUAAAGCAGUCGCAUACCAUCAUCCGAAUAACGACAUUUCAAGUGACUAUACGAAGAUAACUUGAACAGUUGCCGCUUUUUCGCAAGUUACGAAAAGAAGGACGUUCUUUGUACACCUAUGCAUACGAUCUUCGUACACAUCAUCAUCUUUAAAAAUUCAAGAUUGUCCUAAUAUUUCGUCGCAGAGCGUAGUAAUUAAACUGUGGAUCUUUAUACAUUUAUGGGAAAUUUAGGGGCGUAAAAAUGCACGGAAUGCGUGUAAUAUAACGGAAUAUCGAUGUCGACCAGUGUGUGUAUCCGAUGCUGGUCAAGAGAUCUUUAAAGGUGACCGUAGCUCUCUUCGAACUCCUUUGAUGCGUGGGGAUAACUGGAGCUACCAGUUAAGUCAAGUGUAUCGCGUCGGGGCGAAGUAGUACACUAUUUCUUUCCGGAGUGCGUGCAUCGGAUCGAGGUUCCAGAGGAUUGGCAGCCGUAUAAGAGAAUAGAGAAGAACAUCCUGGAAGUCUAGGGAGGGCAGUACGCGCAGGAACUACUGUUCAACGACUCGCUAAUCGACACACAAAAGACAUGAAUCUCCUUUAUUUCGUGGCUGCGGUUAUAUGGAUAACAACCGUGACAGCGACAUUGGAAUCCGAUUCCCAUGGAAACUGGAGCAACGAAAAGAAACUCUUUGAACAUGCCUAUGAUCAAGAUCUACUCAAUAGCCAGAAACAAGAAGAAACUGAAAAUAUCGAACAACAAUUUACAAAUCAACAUGAGAGAAUCUUCAAUUCCUCUGAAAUUGCCAAAGCUAUUAAAGAAGAGGAAGAAACGCUGACUGUGAAAUUUCAUAAUGAGAAAGAGGAAAUUCAUCAAGUGAAUGAAUCCCAACAGCAAUUUUCUAAACAAUUAGUUCAACCAUAUGUCCUACCUUUGAAAGCAAAAAGCUCUUCAGAAGACAUAUUAAAGGAAUCGCUCGAUACCAAUACGAGAUUAGGGAAGACCAGUCAAAAUGCAUUUAACGAGACAGUCACAGUGGAAUACAUUCCAUCUCAAGAAAUAGUUCUACAAGAUUCAAGCACAACUAGCAAAUAUUUCUCUCAAGAAAGUAACACCAGUGACAUAGAUCAAUCUAUUCCAGAAGAAAAUCUAGAUAUUGAAAGUAUAGGCGAAUUUGGACAACGAGUACGCAGCUCAUCCUCAUCCAGACCAAGAAGUAACGAGAGUCACAGACGAUUCAGAAUAAAACAACCUUUCGAUGCUUCAUCGUUUUCCGAGGAUCAAAGAAAACAAUAUAGAAAGAGUGCUCGUCCUUACGUAUCCAAAAAAUUGAAUACUUCAAACAGUAAUCUAAAUACGUCCUCGAAGGAACGACUUCCUUCCUCUCUGACGAAGAGCACAGAGUCUCAGAGAACCUUGAAGCAGAAGGAAACUGACGGAGAUCGUGCUAACAGUUCAUCCAUAAUUAAGGAUUCUUCUUCAUCAACUUCUGCUCCCAUAGCAUCAGUUUCUUUAGGCAAAUUUUCUGGACCAAUAGUAGUUCCAGACUUUCCACGACAGAAGAAAUACUCCUACACUACCACACCUGAUUAUACUGAUAAAAACGAGGUUUCAAAGCUAACCACAACUGUAACGGAAUCAGUAAAAUCAAAAGUUUCAGAAGAUGGGUAUUUGGCGGCACCGCCUGUCAUCCUAAAUCCUCUGCAGGUUGGUGUCGCCUUGAUGAACGCUGGGCAAGAUAUAAAUUUAGUCAAUGACCAAAUCACAUUGACAAAACUAUAUCCUCAGGACAAAUCUGAGACACCAGAAGUUACCAAGAUUGAUACUCAGAGCUUGGUUCAAAGCGACGCCCCAGUUUCUAGGAACUUGAGCUCCGACAGUGAUCAGGUAUCGCAACAAGAGCAAAUUUCUGAGGUGAUAGCCACAAACUCGCCAGUUCAGUCAGUUGAGAUCCAAAAAUCCGUGGAAAUAUUCCAUACAGCCCCCAUUCAGGAGAUCCACUACCCUGUGGAGUUCAUUCCUAGCUCCCAGCAGCUGCCAUUAUUAAAGCAGCAUGCACAGGAAGACUAUAGAAAGCCAGGAAGGAGUCAAUCGAAGGAUCAGAGACAAAGUCAAAUUAAUAUAUACAGGAGCAACGAGAUCUUGGACGAAAGUAUUCACAACCAAGAACAUAGUCGUUAUGAAUAUAAUGUGAAUGAGAAUGACGUUAUUUAUUCAGCAGGAAGUGGUCAGGUUGAUCAGACCGUGGUUUUGCCUCGUCCAGCAGAGGUCAAACCCAUUUUCGGGGUUACGGGGCAAGUAGACAGCGUUCAAUAUGAUCAGGUAACACACUCUAGAGUGCAAGGAAUUCCUGAAGCAAAAAUUAAAUUGAGUAACUAUGAGUUGCCAAAGGGGUCAGCCCCUGCUGUUGCACAACCAUCAAGGGGAAUAGAGAGUCUUUCAGGUUUGACUAAUUUAGAGAACCUGCAAGUGACUCAAGAAGCUCCUCAGAUUCUGCUAAGCAAAGUUACCAGCGAACCACCGACUGAAUUGAGGCUCUUGAUGUCGAUGUCACAGCCGUAUUCCGUGGAGAAAAACAUCCAUGUGCCUCAGACGGUGGAUGUGAUUGAAAAAAAGGUGCCAUACCCAGUGGAGAAAGUGAUAGAGAAGCAGAUAACGAUUCCCCAACCGUUCCCUGUACACAUACCGAUAGACAGGGUAGUAGAGAAGCAGAUACGGAUCCCAUAUCCUGUCCACGUGGAGAAGGUGAUUGAGAAGAAAGUACCGUUCGCCAUCCAGAGGUUCAUCAUACCUUUACCAAUUCACUUUAGGGUUUCUCAACCGGUUUCAAUUCCGGUGGAGAAGGUGGUAGAGAAAUCUGUACCAGUACCAGUGUCUGUGGAGAAGGUCGUUGAGAAGCCUGUGCUCCUACCUAGACCGUACUCGAUAGAAAUCGAGAAAGGUAGACCAUAUCCCUUGGAGAAUAAUAAACAUAUAAAAUCAGCCCCAAUUUAUAAUAUUCAGCCUGAUGGUAAUUAUCAGCAAUCGGUAAGGCAGAAUUUCCAGACACCAGUGGAGCCAAUUUAUGGAACUGAUAAUGAGCAAAGUUACUAUAAUUCAACAAAUCAGUUUUAUGGACAAGGGUAUUUGGCCUUGAAUCGUCCUCAUGCUAGGCAACCAUUGAUACAUUCAUUGCCGAAAAAAUUUGCGUCAUAUAGCGUUCAACAUCCUCAUUCGAUGACUUAUUCAGUAACUAAUGGUAAUUUAGUGGCUUAUGGAAGGACGUCGGAGAAGGACAAGGUUAAGGACGAAUACGUAGGUCCAGUACCAAGGAAAACUGCCACUACAAUACAAUCCAAGUCUCUGUACUCAGCACCGGAUGUUCAGACAACGUUGAGAAGAACGAGGCAGGAAAUUGGUAACACUGGAAACUUCAGGCAGUCCAAGAUGGAAUACGGGUUCAAGCCACCCAUGGUACCUUCGGUCCAAUAUGAUGAACAGACUGCAACGAAGGUGGAAUAAUUUGCGUAAAUCAUUAUUUUAUAUUUUUGUUAAUGAAAUUUUGAGCAUAGGUUUUGGAAUUUUGGAAUAACCUUAAAUUCGUGAUAAUUGCUUAAUGGAAUUCUUGGUAAUUAAAACAUUCCAUUUAUUACCGCAGAUCAUAAAAUUUCUAAAUUUUGAAGUAACCUCAAAUUUCUUUAUGAUUGUUUACUGUGAUUUGUAAUAAUUAAAGUACUUAAUUUCA